CCAAGCACCGUCUGGUGCCUUCUGAUGUUGAAGUCAUCAAAUCGGCUGCCUGUCCCCGCAGAAAAAAGUUAUCCCUAUACUCGAUUUGUCCCCUUAUUACCGGGCCCUCGCCAAUUCGCAAUCCUCUUACAUGGUGCCACACCUCACCGCAACGUCAAACCGUACCAGGAAUCUUUGAAUGCAGUGAUAAAAUGCGAUCUGUUAAGUCGGAAAGCUAACAUACACUUGAAAAAAACCAUGACUUCUGCGCAAGCUCUCGACGCCCCAACACCCGGCCACGGCCUUUCGCAGCGCACUUCUGCGUCUCCAAGCCGCCACCCUACGAAAUCGUGGAAAACACGUGCGCCCUUCAACCUCGCAUCAUCUUCAGGUUCGAUGAAGAGCCGCAACGACCAAGAUGAAGCGCAAUUAUCUCGCCAUAAUACACGUGAGUCUGGCCGAUUGAGAACGUCGCCUUCCGUGAGGAAAGCGCCAUGGUGGAAGACAAGACUGUUUGCAGGCAUGAUCAAUGAUGUGCGACGAAGAGCGCCGUUCUACUGGAGCGACUGGAAAGAUGCGUGGGACUAUCGAGUUGUGCCUGCGACGGUGUACAUGUACUUUGCAAACAUUUUGCCAGCGCUGGCAUUUAGUCUGGAUAUGUUCGCAAAGACCGACCAGAGUUUCGGCGUCAACGAAGUCCUUUUAGCGUCGGUCAUGGCAUCCGUCGUGUUUUCGAUAGCAGCCUGUCAACCGUUAGUGAUCGUCGGUGUCACAGGACCCAUCACUGUUUUCAAUUACACCGUUUACGACAUAAUUACACCGCGCGGCACGAAUUACUUCGCUUUCAUGGCGUGGAUUGGCAUAUGGUCACUCAUCUUCCAUUGGAUCCUCGCUAUCACGAAUUCGUGCAACGGCCUGCGCUAUGUAACUCGCUUUUCCUGUGACAUCUUUGGUUUCUAUGUGGCUUUCAUCUACCUACAGAAGGGGAUACAGGUUCUGACCCGGCAAUGGGAGGUUGACGAUACGUCCGCCUAUUUGUCCAUCGUCAUUUCGCUCCUGGUGACGGCAGUAGCCUACAUCUGUGGUAUCAUUGGCAACUCGUCACUCUUCCAACGACAUAUCCGGAAAUUCAUCGAGGAUUACGGCACUCCUCUGACGGUAGUGUUCUUCACAGGUUUUGUUCACAUUGGAAAGAUGGCGAACAUUGAACUUCUCAAACUUCCAACCUCCAAAGCUUUCUUUCCGACUACAGAUCGCGGCUGGUUUAUCCAUUUCUGGGACAUUAGCACUGGAGACAUCUUUCUAGCCAUUCCUUUCGCAAUCCUUUUGACCAUCCUAUUUUGGUUCGACCAUAACGUAUCCUCGCUCAUUGCACAAGGCACUGAAUUUCCUCUUCGUAAACCCGCUGGUUUCCACUGGGACAUCUUCCUUCUCGGUCUCACCACCGGCGUGGCAGGCCUCCUCGGCAUCCCAUUUCCUAAUGGUCUAAUCCCGCAAGCCCCUUUCCACACGACCUCCCUCUGCGUCACGCGCACCAUUUCCGAUGAUGAUUCGGAGGCCAAUAAGGGACAUACACGCCGUGUGGUCGAUCAUGUCGUCGAGCAGCGUGUGUCAAACCUCGCGCAAGGCCUUUUAACUCUGGGAACAAUGACAGGCCCAUUACUCAUCGUUCUCAACCUGAUUCCACAAGCGGUGCUCGCAGGCCUCUUUUUCGUGAUGGGUAUUCAAGCUCUCGAAGCCAAUGGCAUAACCCUUAAACUGCUUUUCCUGCUCAAGGAUAAGCACCUUACCCCGCGCUCGGAUCCUUUACAGCGCGUACACCGGCGCAGCGCCGUCUGGGUCUUUGUCGGGCUCGAGUUGGUCGGGUUUGCUGCUACAUUCGCCAUCACGCAGACUAUAGCAGCGAUUGGAUUUCCAGUGUUCAUCCUGUUGUACAUCCCAUUGAGAACGUGGGGCAUGCCCAGAUGGUUUAAGACGGAGGAACUAGCACUGUUGGAUGCGCCGACUGCUAGUCCUUUUACUAUGGAGAGUGUUGGCGGGAAUCAUGGGGAGGUCGUGGAGGUGGCGAGCGGCGAUGGGGCUACAACGCGAGAUGUACUUGAAGAGGGUGACGAAGUGGAACGGGGAGAGGGGGUAGGAGAUGGGGCAGGAAGUCGGAGGAGGGUUAGUUUUCGCGCGACUGGCGACGAAGGGGUAGAGUUGGACAGCUUGAGGGUGGCACAGUAACGAAGUGUCGAGAAU